UUGAAAAGUUUACGUCAGUUUUUUUGGAAAAUGAAAUACUUAGUUUGAUUGUUAAUUUUAAAGCAUUUUUACACAAGCAAAAUGCCAGCCGAUCCGUGUGCUUGUCCUCUGCCCAUCUUCAAAAUGGGUAAAAAGGCAUUGGACAGAACCAUCAUUGGGAUAUCGUUAGUCGGUAUCUUGAUAUCGACGUAUGCCCUUUACGUGGAGAUGAGUGCCGAAGCAGACCCUGAAUACAAGGCCUAUUGCGACCUCUCUGAGAGCUCCAGCUGCUCGAAAGUUCUUACGUCUGAUUUCUCCAAAGGAUUUGGCUUAGUGCCCAAGGGAUCUAUGUUGGAAAUUCCGAAUUGCAUUUAUGGCAUCGUUUUCUACUGCUUAAUGAUUCUUAUGACUACCUAUGACGACAUAGUGGUGGUGCAAGCACAGCUUAUAACUUCACUGUUGUCGGUAGCUACCUGCGUUUACUUAGCCUACCUGUUAUUAUGUGUUCUAAAGGAUUUUUGCUUGGUUUGUGUCUCCACUUACAUUGUCAAUGGUUCUCUAGUGUAUCUAGUUUAUAGAAAAUUGAAAUAUUUACUUAAAAAAUGUCGAUAAAUAUAAUAUGUACUCCUGUGAACUGUCGAGAAAUUAUUUAUUCAAUCUAUUAAAAGUUUUUAAAAG